AUGACAUAUACUAGUGGCUGUGAAGGUCGAAGACCAAGUACUACUACCGGAUCUGUAAGGUCGCAACCAACAAUUCAAACCGAUUGUCAGGCCAGGAUAAGUGCAUCUUCAAAUGAUCAUGGCUCUUGGAGAAUUAAUGCAGUCCACCUCGACCACAAUCAUGGAACAAGCCCAUCGAAAUCCAGGUUGUUUCGAUGCAAUAGAGAAUUGAGUGCACAGGUGAAGCGGAGGCUUGAAGUGAACGAUGUGGCAGGAAUUUCGUUGCACAAAAGUUAUAACUCCGCAGUUGUUGAGGCGGGCAGAUAUGAAAAUAUGACUUGUGUGGAAAAAAAUUGUCGAAACUAUAUCGAACAAGUGAGAUGGUUGAGACUCAGAGAAGGAGAUGCCGCUGCAAUACAAACGUAUUUAUCAAAUAUGCAAGCACAGUGUUCGGGGUUUUAUUUUAGUAUUGAUUUGGAUGAUGAAUCACCGUCGAAGCACAUAUUUUGGGUAGAUAAUAGGUGCAAGCAAGCAUACAAGGAGUUCGAUGAUGUGGUCACGUUCGAUACAACCUAUCUCACAAAUAAGUAUGAUAUGCCUUUUGCUCCUUUCGUUGGCGUCAACCACCAUGGACAAUCAACACUGCUUGGUUGUGGUUUGCUUUCGAAUGAGGAUACAAAUAGUAUUGUGUGGUUGUUCAGGACAUGGUUUCAGUGCAUGCAUGGUGUAGCUCCCCAUGGAAUAAUCACUGAUCAAGAUAGAGUCAUGCAAAAUGAAAUUCAAAUUUUCGUUGAAGCGUUUGAAGAAGGUUGGAUCAUGAUAAUCAAUAAGUUUGAAUUGUAUGAAAAUGAUUGGUUGUUUGGACUAUACGAGAGCCAUAAAGCGUUGGGUUCCUUGCUUUCUGAAAAUCACUUUUUGGGCAGGGAUGUCAACAACGUAAAGAAGUGA